AUGACCUCUCUGCUCAAGUACCUCUGGGGCUCCGGUUCCCCCCAAGCUGCUGCAUCUAAGCCUCAGUCCACCAUCGCAGACGUAACCUUGCCCUCAGGUCUCUACGUCAUCCGCAACGUGGCCACAGACACAGUAGUCGACCUCUCAGGUGCUCAUCGACAAGACGGUACCCCGGCUGUCGGCUGGCACUUCCACGACGCAAAACACCAAAAAUGGCAAAUUGCCUCCGCAGGCCAUAACCAGUUCUUCAUCUUGAAUGACGCAACAGGAACAUAUCUUACUGCCGACGUACAACCAACAGGAGGCCUAGUUCUCACAACCGGCAGUCUUGUAUCGCCUACUAACAAGAGGGCAAGGUGGACGAUUGAGUCUGCGGAGACAAAACAUGCCUACGCAAUCCACUCCGCAGCCAACCCAUCCCGAGUCCUAGACCUCUCCGAAUCCGAUUCGAAAAAUGGAACCCCGAUCCUUGUCUACUCCGAGCACGGGACUAAGAACCAGCAAUGGUUCCUCGAACAGCUUGACGCUGCGCCCCCACCAGGCGUAAUCAAGAAUACCCCAGUAGGGGGCAAAGGUGGGACCCCCUUUGAAGAAUUCAAGUAUAUACCCGUAAGGGUUGUCGAGACAUGGAGCGGAGAGGUGGAGGAUGAGACUGUUGUGCGGGGGCUGCGGUGGACGUGGGAUGACGGCAGUCAGAGUCAGCUUUAUGGCGCUGAAAAAGGGGAUCAUCAGGUGCUUGUAGUGCCCCCCGGAGGGAAGGUGAAAGAAAGCUCUGUUAGUUCAGGGAAGAGGGUUGAUUCAAUUGUUAUUGUCACAGGGGAUGGCGAGAAAUUCAAAGCAGGUGGUGAUGGGGGUGAAGAGCACAAGCAAGAUGUUGGGGACGGGGUUUUGCUUGGGUUUGACGGGGCUUCAGGGCUGGAUAUUGAUCGUAUUGGGCUGAUCUUUGCGAAGAAGGAUGGAGGUGAGUGA